AUGGCGAGCGGAUAUCACCACCAAGAGCUCGCUCCAUCAGGCUGUAGCCAUGCUAUCUUCCUUCAUUUGCACUAUCACAGCCCCGCCCCUUCCACCUCACAACAGGCGUACCAGCAUCGAGGGCGUCUUCAGACUCAACUCGUUACAGCUCGCGACGAUGUGCUCACGAUCUACGAUGUCUAUGGGCAGCCACAUGCUUCCGCUUCGACCAUCCCCGGUAUCAGCCGUCACACUGCAACAUCAUCUGUCUCUUCAAAUACUUCCGCCUGCUCGCACAAAAAUCUCGUUAUUUCUCGCAACCACACCCUCUUUGGCGCCGUCACCGGAUUGCAGCGUGUGCAAACCCUCGCUAGCGACAAGGACAACCGUGACCGUCUGCUCGUCUCCUUCAAGGAUGCCAAGCUUGCACUGCUAGAAUGGAACGAUGCGAUCGACGAUCUCGAGACCAUCUCGAUUCACACCUACGAACGUGCUCCCCAGCUGCUCAACCUUGCGCCGCACCUCUUUCAUCCCAUCCUCAACGUCGAUCCCUUGUCGAGAUGUGCUGCCUUGCUCCUUCCACACGACUCACUGGCCAUCCUUCCCUUCUAUCGUGAUGCAGCAGAUUUCGACUUUGACUUGGACGACCAUCUCGAGAUCGCUAAAGACGAUGUAGCAGCCGUAGUAGCUGCUGCUGAUCUGCAGAGUUUGCCCUACUCGCCCUCGUUCGUACUUACCAUGCGUGAAGUCGACCCCAAAAUCCGUAACCUCAAGCACUUUUGCUUUCUUCCUGGCUUUCAGAAGCCUACAGUUGCCGUCCUCUUCUCGCAUAACCCCACCUGGACCGGCCUCUUAUCCGAACGCAAAGACACUUUUUCCGUAUAUCUCUUCACUCUCGACCUUUCCGCAUCGCUCGACGGCGCCACCUUCAGCUCUUCCGCCGAGGCUUUGGACGAUGGGACUGCUCGAUCUGCACAUCCUGUCGUUACUACGAGUACACCACUCCCAUACGACUGCCUCUACAUGGUCGCCUGCCCACAGACGCUGGGAGGUGUUAUCGUAGUCUGCAUGUCUUCCCUCCUUCACGUCGACCAGAGCGGUAGGGUCAUGGUGACAGCCCUCAACCAGUGGUUCAAGACCACGUCAGCUAUCGAACCCGAGUCCAUUCUCGAGUUGAGCGACAUUGCCGACCUGCAAGGCUCUCAGCUCGUCUUCACCUCUAAAACACAGGGUGUACUCACCCUCGUCAACGGUGAAAUCUAUCGCUUCCGUUGCCAGACGGAUGGCCGAAGCGUCGAAGGGAUCCGUCUCGAGCGCAUGCAAGAAUCCUUCCCCGCUUCACAAGAUCUUGUCGACGCUACAGGUCCACCGCCUUCCUGCCUCGCUGUCGCAUCGCAUCGUGACAUUGUCACCUCGAGUUUGCACGCAGACUCCGUUGCCGACAUGCUCUUCUGUGCCUCCAUGGCCGGCGAUUCGUCUCUCUACCAUCUGGUACCUGUCAAAAAGCCUUUGAGACAGGACGACGAGGUACAAGCCGACCAAAUCAAGGAAGAGCUUGCCCCCACCUCCAUCAACGACAUGGACCUCGACCUGGAUGACGACCUCUACGGCACCUCGGAUGUUUUCGGUAGCACAAAAGCAAAGAGCGCUACCAAGGAGCAGACCGUCAUCACUGUAUCCAAGGUCGACCAGAUUCGCUCCUACGGUGGACUCCACAGCUUUACUAGACGUAAGCUCACCACUGACGAGCCGGGUUCGUCCAAACGCUACGGUCUGGUAGGCGCUUGUGGUUCCGGCAACCAAGCUGGUCUUGUCUACUUGGAUCCUCGAUUCGUGCCAGAGUCUCGUCGAGAGCUUGUGGCGGCCACGUCGUCAAAAGAGCAGGCAGGCCAUUCCGACGAAUCUGUGCCCGCGUUUUCCAAGGUGUUUGUCGUCGGCAGUGACUCUCACGGAAGCAUACGCAUGAUCGGCUCGCGAUCGAGCACCGACUCUUCCAUCGCAUUCUCAUGUUCAGCGCAGAUUCGCAACCCAACGUCGUCGCAGCAGCAAGCCGUCUACACCGACAUCAAACAGCUCUCGGAAGGUGCGACAAUCUGCGCUGGUGGACUUGUGGGUGGAGAUGCGGUAGCACGUAUCACAGCAAACAACCUGCAAAUCUUGUCUCUGGAUUCAUUCGACGUGCUCAGCGAGACGGUGGUCAUCGACCCGGAUCAGGGUACCAUUCUCCAUGCCAGUUUGGACGCAGACCAGUUCGCUGUUGUACACACCUCGGAAGGCGCUACUUUGCUGUACAGAUACGAUGCGUCGCAGUCACAAUUUGAAUUGGUCGAUGUGUCCACAGCUCUGGGUACGACUUCGGCGGUUCUCUCUGCGAAUGUUUUCAGAGAUUCCUACGGCGAUAUGGAGCGGGCUCGAGGAUCGAGUUCCGAUGCAAAUGCGCCCACCAAACUAGCGCCAUCCGCUAACAAGUCUGUAGCUGCACCCCGCGCCCUAUCGUCCUGGCCGAACGAUGAUGAAGAGGUUGACUACGGUGAGGACGAUGAAGAGCCCCCACGCCCGCCUGCGCUUCCUGCCAAUGGCGACCGCAAGCAUCUCAACGGAGGCAAAGCGUCAUUAGCCGAAUUGGCUCCUUGUUACCUCUUCGUGUUAGACUCGGACGGCGUGAGCCGCAUCUGGUCGCUUCCUGAGGUUGAGCUCGUCUGGCAGAACGCUAGCCUCUCCGCGCAACCGCAAAGGUUGCGAUACGAGCAGCACGGACACGCCGAACUUGCGCCCGAGCAGAAAGCCGUGCUGACGAUGGCAGUGGCUCGGCACAUUGGUGACAUGCUCUGCAUCGUCUCACUUACCAGCGACCACUUUCUCGUCAUCUAUCGCAGCAACGCAUGGGCGUCUGCUGACGAAGUGGAAAAGUUGAAAUCUCAAGCAGACCGAGAGCGCCGCGAAAAGGCGUGGCGACUCACGUUUAACAAGGUGUUUGUGCUGAUGCUGUCAGUGCCAGCCGGUGGGGCUCGAUCGUUCGAUUCGGACUCAGGCACUUCAACGGUCUACAGAUCGGGAGCUGUGCAACUCGAAGCGUGUAUGAUUGCUGCUCGUGUCGAGCAUCAUGGAGCGAGUUCCAACGCAUUCGUGGUUCUUGGCGGAGGUCGAGAAGCGCAAGCGAGCGUGUUGUGCUGGACGGAAGCGGGCGGAUAUCGACUGUUGGAUUGGCCGGACAGAGAUCUUUCUAGUCUUGCAUCGAUCUCUGCCCCGCUCGCCAGCACUGGGUCGGUUAACGCCGAUUUUGUCUUCUGCGAUCGUGCGGGCCGACUCUAUCUGGGCCGACUCCCUGCAGGUCUUGACUCUUCCACCGCCUGGCCAUCCAGCGUGGUCCGCACAGGGCGCGAAUAUACAAACGUAGUAGCGCACGAUCCUACCUCGACUGUGAUUGCCGCAUCGGUGUCGCCCUGUCGGUUUAUGCUGUUCGACGAAGACGGUGAAGCGAUUCAUGACGAACAGCCGAACUCGACGCUUUAUCCGAGCGUCUCGCAACGUGGAUCGCUGGAAUUGUUUAUCUCGCAACAUGGCAGCACGCCUGUGGACGGUUAUGAGUUUGAAGCCAACGAAACCGUGACUUCGCUCGAAAUCGUCACUCUGGAUUCACCUUCGACCGUGUCGGGCAGGAAGCAGUUCGUGGCGGCUGGAACGACGACGUUCCACGGCGAGGAUCGCACUGCCAAGGGCAGCGUCUACCUGUUUGAGAUCAUCUCGGUCGUUUCGGCUGCCUCGGAGCUGGGAUCAGACUUACGGCUGAAGCUGGUUUGUCGCGACGAUUCGCGUGCGCCGGUUACGGCGAUUUCGCAUAUCAACGGAUACCUGAUCAGCACUUGUGGUCAGAAGCUCUACGUUCGAGCGUUAGAAAAGCAAGAAUGGCUUAUCUCGAUCGCGUUUCUGGACUGUCCCUUCUACAUCACCAGCAUCGAGGUGGUCAAGAACCUGGUGCUGUUGGGCGACUGUAAGCGUGGGUUGGGCUUGUGGGCGUUUCAGGAGGAUCCGUACAAAUUUGUCGAGCUCGCCAAGGCCGAGGAUGGGUGUGUGGGGGUGGGCGCGUUUUUGGUCCGUGAUGAAAAGGUCUCGAUGCUUUCGAUAAGUGGGUCUAGACUCGGUGGCGAUGCGAGCAUGGAGGCGUCGGCGGGAGUGAUAAGAUUGUACGAGUAUGCGCCGCAUCUGGCGGUGGGUGGUAAGAAGCUCGUGUUGAGGAGCGAGUUCCAGACAACGUCGGAAGCGGUGGCGAGAGUCGAGUGCAGUGGUCGUUGGCUGUCGGAUUCCGAGCUGCGGGGUAGGGAGACGUUGCGAAACAAGGUGGUCUUUGCAAAAGCCAAUGGGUCCGUAGAAAGCGUUGCUGCUGUCGAUGAAAAGGUGGGCAAGCGUUUGCAUCUUUUGCAGGGCCAAUUAGUGCGGUCGGUGAUGCACACGGCUGCGCUGAACCCGAGAUCGUUCCGGAUGGUCCGCAAUGAUUACGUGCCACGCGCGCUCGUCAAGGGUGUACUAGAUGCAAGGCUGUUGGACGAGUUCAUGCGACUCAGCAGACCCAAGAUGCUCGAAGCCGUCAAGACGCUCGUUGGAAUGUGGGAUGGCCUCGACAAUCUCAAGCCACCCAAGCGCAAACGCGACGCGCUCCAUCCCGACACAGACCAGCCUGAUGAUAUCCAUCACCAAGACAGUGACCAUGACGAUUUCCAAAAACAGGACCACCUCCGUCUCCUCUCGCAACACAAGCGUGUCCAGUUGGUCCUCAAGGACUUGUCCCGCCUACGAUCCGGUUUCGAACGCGUGUAA